ACCCUCUUCUAGUUUAUGGAAUCGUUCAUGUGAUAGACUUCUUGUAGACCAGACUGGAGGAUGGAGAUGUUUGUUUUUCUUUUUCGGUCUUUUAUGUCCUUAAAUUUUCUUUCAUUCCUCUCGUUGACUAACCCGCCGAUCCCUUCGCGUCUAAUAUCUUGUUGACCAUUAUGUAAUCGACGUUCUUCUGUGGUUCGACUUUAUGACUUUAUGGGUGCCAACAAGAUUUCUCUUUUACAUUUAUUGCUGAUGCUGAUGAGUUUGUAACUUUAAAUUCUUACUGAAUAAGAAAGAAAGUAUAUAAUUGCGAGGGACUGAUACUUUUCUUCGCCAAGUUGCUGAGAGAUGGAAGUCGAAUCACGUCAAGAGUUUGAAUGGAUCGAGGCGCAAAAAAUUGCAGUAGGCGUGGACCUUGUGGCCGUGGCAAAACAGCAGCUUCAGUUCCUGGCAGCUGUUGAUAGGAAUCGUCAACUCUACGAAGGUCCUGCUCUAGAAAGAGCUAUCUACCGGUAUAAUGCUUGUUGGCUUCCAUUGCUUGCCAAACAUUCAGAGUCUCGGAUUCUUGAAGGGCCUUUGGUUGUUCCUCUUGAUUGUGAAUGGGUUUGGCAUUGUCACAGACUUAAUCCGGUGAGGUACAAAUCAGACUGCGAGGAACUUUAUGGACAGAUCCUUGACAACUCUGAUGUUGUCUCAACUGUUCAAGGAAUUUGUGGGAAGCGAACUGAAGAAAUUUGGAAUAAAAUGUAUCCUGAUGAGCCCUAUCAUGCUGAUUUAGUGAAUAUUUCAUCAGAGGAUAUUACUGUAAGACUUGUGAAAUGCACCAAAUAUGAUCUGGUUUCUGCUGCUAAGAGGCAGAGUCCAUUCUUCUACCAGGUAUCAAGACCCCACAUGAGCUGUGAUGUCUUUAUCAAGGAAGCUGUAGCCCGAUAUAAAGGCUUUCUGCAUCUAAUUAAGAGAAACAGAGAGAAUGGCAUAAAACAGUUCUGUGUUCCUACAUACGACAUUGACCUAAUAUGGCACUCUCACCAGUGCCCAGUUUCUUAUUGUAAAGACCUCAAAGCAGCACUUGGAAAGGUAUUAGAACAUGAUGACAUGGACCCUGAUAGAACAAAAGGAAAGAAGCUAGAUGUUGGUUUUUCUGGAACCACCCAAAAGUGGGAAGAGACGUUUGGUACAAGAUAUUGGAAAGCUGGAGCAAUGUAUAGGGGUAACGCACCAUCUCCGGUCACAAGUAACCCUUCGUCUAACAUGAUGUUUGAGAAGGUUCUUUCUUCCACUGACCAUCCACUAGAAAUUCAACUUCAAGAAAGGAAAGUUGUGGAGGUUCUAUUGGAGUUUGUUGGGGUUAAGAACUUACCAGAGGGACACAAAGGAAGUCUCACUGUUGUAUUUUCCAAAUCACUGCCGGAUAUAUUUUUUGAUGCUAAAAGAAAACUGAGUAUUUCGUCAGAGGCUGGAGAGAAAAUGGUUGCAUCUUUCCAGUGUGAACCUACAGGAGAGCUGCAUUUUGAGCUCAUGUCACAUUCUUCUUCCACUUUGUGUAGAAGAUCAUCAAAGACACUGGGCUUUGCUUCUUUGUCUAUGCAGGACUACCUUGAUCCAGUUUCAAAACUAUCCACUGAAAGAUGGUUGGCAUUGGUGCCCAAUUCUGGUACCAUGAGCUCAGAGCCAAUCUUGUUGCGUGUAGCCAUCUCACUUACUCCCCCAGCUCCUGCUCCAUAUACGCUUGAAAUGAUUCAAUCUCAUCCAUUUUCUGAAACUUCCUGCUUCUUCAACUUUCCUGUUAAGCCUCAGCAUUCCAAGUGCUGGACUCAUGUGACAGAUGAAACUGGAACCAGAGUCAUCAGCCUUCAAAUGAGAGAUUUGAAGAAGGCCAGGGAUACUUGGAUCCCCGGAAAAGAGGUUAUUGGCCUUAUGAUGUCUGGUGAAACACGAACUCUUGCAGAGUUUGUGGGAAAUGGGUGGUCAGUGAUGGACAAUUUUUGGUUGUUUCACCUUCCAAACAAAUUCAGAGAUGAUGGUCAUCUCUUUGUAGUUACUGGCACGAGAAUGGUAAGUAUGCUUAAUAAUUCCAUUUUAAUGAUUGUUUGCCAUGCCAGGAGCUCCCUGGGAUCUUUAUUACAGCACACCUGUUUUACAGCUAGCUCUUCUGCUUUUGUUUUUUCGGGUACAAAGGGGCAAGUUGAACAGCUUGAAAGCAAGUAGGAUCCAACCUAGGACCUUCCAUAAGCAGGGGAAGUUUGGUGCAGGGCCAUACGCAGUUUUCUGCUACCAUUUCAUAACUGACAUGAAAUAUUGAUUUACUUUUGUCUGGAUUGUAAGUCUUGAGGUACUGACUGGCUAAAAAGAAAAAGGUGUUGGUACACCAAUCACUUUGUGUUGGUAAAUGUGCCAGAUGGUGAGGAAUGGGUAUAGACCAGCGACACUGCUGAACUGGCAUUGUCUGUUAAGCAUUGAGGCCUGAGAAGUUUAAGAUAGUUCAAUUACCAUUCACAGAAUGAGCGGUGAUGUAUUUGACGUUUAGCAAGGAGCUUAACAAAGAAAUAACUUUUUG